CUUAGCUUCAAGAAGCAUGGAAAUCAGCUCUUCAUAUUUGCCUCUAGAUAUACAUAUGCCUCUAUGCAGAACUAUUAAAGCUAUUUUGAAAGUGACCCUUCAGCUUAAGCACAUUCAGAAAGAGAGAGGGGAAAGAGGAAGGUGCAGCUGUUUGGAACCAUGACUGAAGAUGACGGAUUCGGUUGUGGUGGAGGGUCAAGUCAGAUUGAGAGAUGGAAAAAAGUGGAAGAAUAGAUGGGUGGUUCUCAGGAAGCCUUCUCCUGUAGCAGAUUGUUUGUUAUUGUUGGUGUACAAAGACAAAUCAGAAAGGACAAAGGGACACAAAGAGAGAAACAGUGUGACAUUAGAAGAUAUCUGUGGCCUGGAUCCAGGACUCUCAUAUGAGGGCAUGAGCCAAAGUCUGGCUAUCAUCUGUUUCUCACAAGUUGUAAUGUUGGGAUUUGAUAACAAAGACAUUAUGAAUGCUUGGGAUGUACGGAUCCGCUACAGCUUGGGAGAAGUUCACAGAUUUCAUGUUGGAGUAUUGCCUGGUACCAAGUUGGAAAGUGGACCUGCUACACUUCACUUGUGUAAUGACAUUUUAGUUCUUGCAAGAGAUCUUCCACCUGUAGUUAUUGGACAGUGGAAGUUAACGGACCUGCGACGUUAUGGAGCUGUGGCCAAUGGGUUUGUCUUCGAGGGUGGAACAAGAUGUGGAUACUGGGCUGGUGUGUUUUUCCUCUCUUGUUCAGAAGGCGAUCAAAUUAGUUUCCUCUUUGACUGCAUCGUCCGUGGCAUUUCUCCGACAAAAGGCCCAUUUGGAUUGCGUCCAGUCCUUCCAGAUCCAAAUUUAAAUCCAGCCUACAUGGAGGAAAGAGUUGCCCAUGAAACCUUGCAGUUAGAGAAACGUCUAAGCCUACUUUCUCAUCAUAGUCUAGGAGGGGAUGACAGGAGUUUGUCCAGCUCCUCUUCAGACACAAGCCACUCAGAUGCCAGUGCUGGAAGCAGGUUAACCAUCUGGCCUGACCAGUCCUCAGCCAGCACUUCAGCAGAGAGUCAUGGGAUGGCAGCAGCAAAGGGCAUUCACCUUGGAGAUGAUAAGUCUUAUGCUGAAGGUCUCCGUGUGACAAAGCCACCUCCUAAGCCAGUACGGUCUAGACAGUUGCAGGAAAUAGGUCGACAAAGCUCCUCUGACAGUGGGAUUGCUACGGGAAGUCACUCUUCCUACUCUGGAAGCUUCUCUUCCUAUGCUGAGAGCCUGGACAUUUGCCAAAGUGAAGAGUUUGGGUCACUGCUUAGCUUGCCAUUGAACGUUGCUUCUGAUCAGAAUUUAUGUACUUGCCAACACACUGAUCCCCAGAGAAGCUCUGAGUAUCAAAUUCCUGGCUCUGUCCGACAUCUUUAUGACACUCCCAGAAGUGUAUUACAGGCAGCUGUAAGAGAUACUCAACACAAGAGUUCUGAUUCCACAUUAUCUAAGGACCAGUCACAAUUAAUGCAAAGCAUAAGUGAUGCUAAGCUCUUGGUACCACAUGUGGACACAAGGCCAUCAACUGAGCAAUCCCAGGACAGAAGUAAACACCAGUCACUCUCAGAAAGCAAAGACUCAAGUGAUGAAACAUAUGUUGAUUUUGUUCCAAGGUGGACAGCUACUAAAACACAAGUGGCAGACCCUAAAACUGAGUUGCCAACAUCUGCUGAAAUACCACCCGAAACAUGUGAAAUAUGCAGUCCUCAGCCUGGGAUUACAAGAGCUCUCUUUGCAGCUUGUCCAGUUUGUGGUGGAUUAAAGGGUGCUACAGCUUCACAGCAUGGAGUUUUACAUAUAUCACCAAGCCAAGGCGCUUCAUUAGCUGUGGCGUCUUCAGCAUCUAAACCUCAUAAAGGGCCGGCUAUGCUAGUUAGUACUGCAGGGGCAGCAGGUUACCCAGCCGAGCCACUGGUAUCUGACCGACCUCGCAGUGAGACAGCAACUUAUGUUAAUAUUCCCAUCAGCCCUACAUCAAAGAAACAGCUUCAUUACAUGGCAUUAGAACUUCAAGAUCCUAGUACAGGAAUCAGAGGAGGAGGUUCUACGAAGUAUGCCCAGAUAGACAUUACUGCGACAGAGACUGCUCAUAAAGUGGGAACCCAGCACGCUCAGUCAAGGGAGGAGCGUCUUCAGGAACUUGAACAGAAAAGAAAAGGCACUCAGCAGUGAUAAGACUUUUGAUAUGGGCUGAAUACACCCUGUUUGUGGAUGCAAUGAACCGUUAAAAAAAAAGAAAAAAAAAGUUAUUGCUAGAGGGGCCAGCCAUGUGUUCAAGAACAAGGUGCAUGGACAUGUGAUGAGGCCCUGUCUAUGGCAAAUGGGCCAAAUGGUUUGCAAUUGCCCAGUAUGCUUUGUAAAGUAUGUGUACCUCACAGGCUGUUGGUAAUCUCAGCAAAUUUCUCACUCAAAGGAUUUACAUGUAGCAUGUUGAUAAAGGGGUCAUUCCAAAACUGAUAUUCCUUACUGGAAAACUGGUAGCAUGGUCAAAAAAAAUAAUUGCCCUAUGAGUCUAUGAAAUUUUUCAAGUGUCUACAAAUACUUGCAUUUAAAUUUCAUAUUCCCUUGAAUGUGGUAAUAUUAUUUUGUAUGCAUAUCUUUGAAGAAAAAAAAAACUAUUUAUUUCUUUGUGGUAAGAUAAACUAUUUAAUUUUUUUUGCAUAUGGUUUUAUAUAAAGGUGCAACAUACCUCUUUGGUUUUCAUGGUCUUACACAUAUAGGACUUUUUUUUUUUUUUUUUUUUUUAGAAAUUUACAUAUUCCAGUUUAAGCACCAUUAUGAUAUUUUCUGGGCAUUUAUUUACAAUAUCACUAUUUAAUAUCAACAAUGUUUUCAAUUAUAUCUUUAUUGUACUGCAACUCUAGUGAAUGUACUGAGAGGAAAAAAAGCAAAAUAUUAGUUUUCCACAUAAGUAAUUUGCAUGUAUGUCAUUUUGUAUAAAAUGCUAUAGUUAGAGUUAAACAUAUUUUUUUUUAUAAUACAGAAUACAAUUUUACAGAAUUAGUUUAUUUUACAGUGAGAAAAAAUACAGAAUCGAAAUCACCUACCAAAAGAUGGCGCUACACAAAGUACGAUGGAAAAAUAACUGAUCCCAAACAGUGUGAAGUUUACUUUCUAUUAAAAAUAAAGAAUAGCAGGCUACAUGUAGAAAACACUAACCCAUACAAGGCCAAGCUGUGUUUUUGGUCCAGCUGAGAGGGAUUUUUACAUUUGUUUCAAUUGAGAAUUAGAUUGGCCAUAGAAUAAAAUCAUAUUAUAUUAUUCGCACUGUGUAUUCCUUGUAAACAGUUCAAAUGCUAUUUUUCUUUCCUGUAAGGAAGUUAGUGUAGGUUGUGUGAUGUAUUUAGAAAUAUUUAUAUUUUUUUUCACCCAAAUUUAACUUAUAAUUUUAUAUGUAAAUAGCUUUUAUUUUUUAGGGAAAAAUACAGACUGCGAUUUUACCAUUUUAAUAUCUGGCUACAAAAAGGAACAGAGUUUAGUGUUUAGGGUAUUUUAGGUCUAGUUUCCAUUGAUCUAGUAAAUUCUGAAAACUGGUGAUAAAAAUAUUUAUCUCUAUUAAAGUCUAUGGAGAAUUUAUGUUACCACGAGUUUCCAAACAUUACCACCUCAAUGGCCUUGAACAUGUAAUUUUUUUUUCAUUAUAAGGGCCCUUUAAAGAGAAAUUUCACUGUAAAAUUAAAAUAUACUACUUUAUUAGCUCAUAUUAUUUUUAAAUAAUUUCAUAUUGUUAACUAUUUGUUUAAAGGGACAAUAAACACCUUGAGGUUUGAAUCA